AUGAGUAAAAAACUAUACGUACAGAAUAACUACUAUCAGGGUUGGAAAAAUACAAGAUGUGGUUUAUGUCUGAAAUGUUUGGAUGAAACUGGAAGUCCUGUCGAUUGGUUUAUUGUAUAUAAAGUGCCAAAACUUGAAGACUCUUCAUUGGAUACAUUGAGGAGUGGUUUUGGUUAUACAUAUAUUACAGAUAAGUCGAUUAAGACGACUACCAAUUGGAUACUUUCGACCAAAACUGUCGAUCAAAUUGAAUCAAUAUUUGGUCGAACAGUCGAUUCGGUCUUAAAUAAGUUGAAGAAGUCGUCGGACGUAUCUCUUGUCGCGUACAACGACGAGAAACCAGGUACAGCCAAGUCUUCAGGUGGAGCGCACGCCAAAGGUUUGUUUGCCAUUGACUCCGUCGGCGCUUUUUGGAUGACACACUCAAUGCCAAAAUUUCCUGAUUUAACCCAUAAUUAUCGUUUUCCCGAUAAUGCCAAACGUAACGGUCAGACAGCAAUCUGUAUUAGUAUUGAUGCGAAAGACACUAAAAGUAUUGAUAAUAUCGCGUAUCAAAUGCUGAUAAUGAGGCCUAAUAUCUACGACAUGACAAUACAAUCAGAUCUAACAGACAGAUCUAAUCUAUGGUAUGACUUAAAACAUAAGAAAUGGAUUAAAAAUAUUACAGACAAUCAAAUGACUAUUAAAAGUAAAAACGGUUUGUCGAUUACAAGUUUUGCAAAAAGUAAUAAAUACGAGAAAGACAUUUACUCAGGACUUAUUGCCACUUAUUUUAAGGAAAACUUAUUAGUCCAGAGUUGGCGUAACGGUGCCGGCGGUCGAUUGGAUUCUGAUUGUACCGACAAAUAUAAAGUCCAGAAUAUCGACAAAAUACAAAUACCUGUCAUUAAGAUCAAAGACGUCGAUUGGCAAACAACUGAGGAUCACUCCAAAUGGGGUAUUACUGACGAUAAUAGUGGUCAGACCUACACUUGUAUUGCUGAUAUCAAUCGUAUGAAAUCACAAUUCAAAAGAGGUGGCGGAUCUCUAUGUCUCGAAUCAACUAAAGUGUGGCAAAUAUUCAAGAAAUCUAUUGAAGAAGUGGAAGGCUGUCCAUUAAAAGGUCACUUUACUACCAAAGAGAACGCAUCUAAUAGAGGAUAA